AUGUGGGCUGCGAGCCUCGGAAGAAGGGGCUGCCUGGUGUCCGUCAGAUCUGUUGCCGUGGAGGUGGUCCCUCCUGCCCCGAAACUGCAUGUCUCGCCUCUGGAGAUUGCACGGCUCCCCCUGCUGCAGUUUCCGGGGAGGAUCCUUGUCAUCUCCAGCCCAGAGGAGGAAAAGCGAGUCGAAGAACUCUUCAACGGGGAG